AUGACUGGGUUUUCUUCGCUAUUUGGUAAAUCAACUGAAAAAUAUGACCAGUCUGUGAGCGAAUUGUUCAAAAACUCUGCAGAUGGGCCAAUUUCAAAAAACCAACUAAUAGAUAAAAAGAGAACAGUCAUUGAAAUUCCCAAAUCAAAGAAGCGUAAACAAGCAGAACAAGAAGGGGAUGCAAGUGAAGAAGAUGCUGAAUCCCGAGUAAGUGAGGAAAGUGAGGGAAGUGAGGGAAGUGGGGAGGAAGAGAGCAAUGAGGACGAAGAAAUUGAAGAAGAAAAAGUUAUCAAAAAGGCUAAGAAGAAGGAUGAGAAUGACAAUUUAGAAGCCAAGUAUUUUGAAAAAGUGAUGCGGGCUGACGAAAAAGAUGAAGAAGAAGGAGAUGUUGAUGAUGACUCUAAAAUAGAACAAUUAGCAAAUAAAGAUAGCUCAUCUGUCGAGAAAGAAACUAAAAAGACAAAAUCAGCGCAAACAAUAGAUUUCAAAGAAGCGGAAUUGGAAAAAGCAGAAAGAACAGCCUUUGUGGGAAAUGUCCCUAGUGAUGUUAUAACGUCAAAGACUGUUGCCAAAAACUUCAAAAAGCUUUUCAAACAAUUUGGCAAAAUUGACUCCAUUAGAUUUAGAUCAAUAUCCUUUGAUGAAAACUUACCAAGAAAAGUUUCAUUUGCUAAAAAAAGUUUACACAAUUCAAGAGAUUCUGUUAAUGCUUAUGUCGUAUUUGUUGAAAAACUGUCAUCAUUGGCAGCAAAGAAGUUGAAUGCCAUAGUAUUUGAGAACCAUCAUCUUCGAGUUGAUCAUGUGGCCCAUCCGGCUCCUAAAGACAAUAAAAGAACUAUAUUUGUUGGUAAUUUGGAUUUUGAAGAAAAAGAAGAAAGUUUGUGGAAUUAUUUCAAUAAUAAAUUAGACAAUGAUGUUGAAUCGGUGAGGAUCAUACGUGAUUCGAAAACCAACAUGGGUAAAGGUUUUGCAUUGGUUCAAUUCAAUGACACAUUGACUGUCAACAGGGCAUUAAUGUUGAAUGAUAAGCCAAUGGAUGUUACUUCAGGUAACAAAAAGGCACGUAAAUUGAGGAUAUCAAGAGCCAAAGCAAACGUUAAACCAUCAUUAAUGUCACCCAAUCAUAUUGAAAAUGCGAAGAAAGCUUAUGCUUCAAAUAAAUCACGUGAGCAGCAGCAAGGUUUAACCGAUACUCAAAGAACGAAAUUGGGUAGAGCGCAAACCAUAUUAGGUAAAGCUGAUAGGUCAAGGGUUGGAAAACCAAAGAAAGUGAUUAUUGAAGGUGAAAGAGCGACGAAAGGGCAAAAAAUUGCUGGUAUUAAAGGGUUAAAGAGCGGGAAGGUGAAGAAGCCAAGAAUUAGAGAUAGAUCAACCAAGUUUAAGAACGAGAGAGAAGCGAUGAAAAAGGAAGUGAAGAGGUGA